AAAGGGUCGUCAGGCUGUCUGAUAGGCGGAGGGAGAGAAGAGAGCUGAAGACAGAAUAGUGCGGAGGGAGAGGUAAAACGCUGGAAAAGGACUGCCGUAGAUUUUCGGUCGAUGGGUUCGAGUCGUCAUCGGACCGAAGUUUUCCUUCAUUUGCAACCCUUCGCUGUGACGAAGAUUGACCGAGCUAAGUGCUCGUUUUAGAUGACCUCAGCGUCGGUCAUCGACAGCGACACUGACCCGACAGAGGUCAUAGGUCACGACGAGGAAGCCGAGGUCAUCGCUGAGCAGCCAAUCAGCGAGCAGCCGGACCAGACGGGACCCGCUCCUGAGGAACCCAAACCCAAGAAGAAACCCUGGUCAUUGCGUAAUAUCGGCCUGGUGCAGCGCAUUACUCGUAAAAAGCCUCCAGCAGACAAGUCCGAAGGCAAACCUUCGAAAUCGACUCCAUCUUCAAAGGAGACGUCGCCCCAACCCGAAGAGCCUCCGCCAUCACUUCAGCCCACAGCACCAGUGAACCAUCCAGAGGGAGGCUCACCCACACAAGAGCCUGCUGAAUCAGUAUCUACGCCUGGGUCCACUGAAGCUACAUCAACGUCACAGCCCUUGGAGGCUUCGCUGACCAAGCAAGACGAAGAGUCCGUAGCAGAUAAGCCUGAAGAUACAACAACACCUGGUCAAGAGGAUCCGGCUUCAGAGACUGAGCCCGAGAAGCAUUCAACACCCCAGGAGGAAGUCAAACGUUCCCCGGAGGAAGGCGCUCCACCAGGUGCUGAAGACGUUCCCGAUCAUUCUUCUGCCGGAACUGACAGUGCUGUAACACCCGCAGGUGCCGAAAGGGUUCCAACAAACUCUAAACACAUCCUAAACGCUGGUCCCAACCACUCUGAUUCUGGAGAUAAUUCCGAAGCAGUUCCUGUGACCACCGGCGCUGUCACGGAACAAACUGAAGUAACUACUGAGAGUUCAACUACCGAAAGCAAGUCUGAAGCAGAGGAGCAAGCUCCAGAGCGUAGUUCCGUCGACAAGCCUACCUCAAGUCCUAAGGAGUUAUCUCCAGUGCCCGAAGAGUCGUCUUCCUCUGGUGGCGAAGAAGCUGCUCCUUCAGUGAUCAACGCUUCAAGCCAGGCAGUGGAAUCCCCAGCAGCCGCCAGGACAGAGAAGACACCGUCUUCGUCAAACACACAAUCAAAAGAAGCUUCGCCUUCACCAGACUCAAACUCUGAAGGAGGAGCUUCGCGUUCUGAUCCUGCUAUACAGCAGGCCCCUGCUAACGGUUCAGUUGCUGAGCAGCAGCCGGUAGAGGAUCGACCAGCUACCUUAGUCACCGAGAAGCAAACAACAGCUUCGUCAGGUCCUAAAAACGUCAAUUCCGUCCGGACAGUCAACAGUUCGGACAAUAAGAAAGGCCAGUCCGAAGUGAGUUCUUCUCUUGGAGGUGCAGCGAGGGAAAGUCGCUCUUCUCCAGAAAAACAGCAAACACAGCCUUCUUACCAACACGCAACUAACGGACACUUCUCACCUCCCGAGAAAAAACACCCCUUAACUUCUGGUGUGACUGAACGGAACAAGGCGGUCUCAAUCGAAGCGUCAGUUGUUGUGAAGGAUAUGGCCUCCCCUAACCCACAAAUAAUGGACUCGCCUGCUGUGACCUCGGGCGCUGAAAGACACAUCGACCAAUCAGCGGUCGAGCUGCCAUCGACGUCAGCCAAUCAGCAGACAGCGAUCACCCAGCUGAACCAGCUAUCUCUUCAGGAUCUCUGUAAGGAUAUGAAGCAGUCCUUCAAGCAGAACAGUCUGGGUCUUCAGAACCGCCUUAGUCGACUUGAUGAUAGGAUGUCUGCAGUGGAGAGGAUGCAGUUCCUGAUCCGUAAGCAGUCGGAGGAGAUGCAGGACCUCAAGUGGAGGAUGGCUGAGGCCGAGCGCCGCAGCAAGGAUGAUCAGAAGAAGGUCCUCAUCUACAGGCGCAAGGUGAAGGAACUGCAGAACAGCCUGCAGGAGCUGCACGUCAAGGAGGCUGUCAGAGUCCGAGCUGAGAAAGAGCUGGAACGUCGGGAGGCUGAUCGUCGUCAAAUCCAGCAGCAGCAGCAGCAACAGCAGCCGAACCAAAUCAUUACACUCACGCAGCCGAUGCCGAUCUUCCUGCCAUCUAACGGCUACAAUCAGAAUCAGGCGGCCUAUGGGGACGGACGACGGGACUCCAACUACUACCAGCCACCACCAGCACCCUACCAGCAACAGGCCCUUCCACCACCGCCGCCGCCACCGCCGCCGGCUUCCAUCGUGGAACUCCCCCCUAGCCGCCCCCAGUCCCCGCCCCCUCCCCCACCCCCCAGUCAGCCGGCCGCCAGCCGCCGCGGCUCCAUGUUCUCCGUGAAGAGCUACAAAAGCAAGAAGAGUGUUGCAGCAAAAUAAUGACGUCAUAGGUGAUGCGGUGGUGAUGUCAUAAGAAAUGACGUCAUCAGUUAUGUCAUGGGGAGGCGGUGCAACUUUCCAGUAUCGGGACUGGCGAGGGAAAAUAAUAGCUGUCUUUGUUUGUGGUUUUACUUGAUUGAAGAGUGAUAUCAGUUUUCCCAAGGUUGCAUUAAAAUGCAACAAGCCCUUGUCACGCAUGCUUAUGAAAUUGGGGACCUUUUCUUAUAUAUUGAUAACGGUUUGAUCUUGUUCAUUUUUUUUUUGCCGCCAAAAAGUGAUACCUACAUGAUGUAGUAUUACUUUGCUUAAAUGUUGUUUGUGGUUGUGGACUGUGGUGUUACAACUUUGCUGUGAUUCGGGGUUGUGUGUCGAAGGCAUAUAGUCAAUCGCAUCAUUUUUUGGGACACAAAAUAAAAUACUGCAUUGUGUUCUCUAAAUAUAA